CGAGUACAAUAUACUGAAGAUCGGUCAUCUUUCCUCUUACUCUCAUUCUCUAUAUCCAUUCUUCCUUCUCUUUCAUCGUCUUCAAACAUCGUAUUCUUCCCUCCAUAUACAAGACUCACCCAAGUUUUAGCUGAACAAGUAAAGAAAUCGUUGACAAAAUGGCACCCAUCGCUAUUGACCCAACACCCGUAGUGGAAGAAAGAGACACUUCAACAGAAAUCGCAGCACUCAAAGCUAUUCUCAAAAAACAAGAAAACGUAGUUUUACCACCUGAUAACACACUUCGUCGUUAUUUGAAAGCCGGAAUAGAUCUUUCGAAUGGUUAUCCUUAUCAUCCACCUAAACCUGAUUUCGUACAGGAUGUUAAAAAGAUUCGUACGGAUUUAAGAGAAUAUCAAGAUCCUGCUUUGAGAGCUGAUCCGGAGAAGAAAGCUUUGUUUGGUGCUGCUAACGAGGUUAAGAAUUUGACUAGUCAUAUUGGUACUGAAAUUAUCGGUCUUCAACUCAAAGAUCUUACCGAUAAACAGAAAGAUGAAUUGGCACUUUUGGUCGCUGAACGUAGUAUCGUAUUCCUCCGCGACCAAGACCUCUCGCCUCAACAACAACAAGCUCUCGGUCUUUACCUCGGUGAUGGUGAAAUCGAACGUCAUCCUCAAGCACCUCAAGUACCCGGAUUGGGAGGUGGUAUCUCUUUGAUCUGGGAGAAAGGACAUAAGGAUCAGAUUGUUUCUUCUAGGACUAAACGUGUUCCUUAUGGGGGUGUCUUUGGAUGGCACACUGAUCUCGUUCACGAGGCCUUCCCACCCGGUUACACCCACCUUCAUCAAGACACCGUCCCAGAAGUAGGAGGUGAUACCCUAUGGGCAAGCGGUUACGCAGCUUACGACAAACUUUCACCUGCUUUCCAAAAAGUUUUAGACGGUCUUAAUGGGAUUUACCGUUCAGCACAUAAAUAUAAAGAUGCCGAAGAUCCAGAAGGUGACGCUAAAUACGUAACAAGAGUUCAUCCUCUUAUUCGAACUCAUCCUGUGACAGGAUGGAAAGCACUUUGGAUAAACCAAUCUAUGACUGUCGGUAUUCAAGGUUUCGAUAAAGUUGAAAGUGACGCUAUUUUGAAUUACCUUUAUGGAGUUUAUGAGAGGAGUACGGAUAUUCAAUUGAGAUGGCAUUGGACUCCUGGUACUUCUGCUAUUUGGGAUAAUAGGAGUACUAUACAUACUGUCUCUUAUGAUUAUGAAGGGGAGAGACAUGGAACAAGAGUCUCAUCUUUGGCCGAAAAACCAUUCUUCGAUCCAAACUCGAAAUCUCGUGCUCAGGCAUUACAACUUAAAGGUUGGCUCACCCCCGGUGGUCUUCAGGGUUAAAGUAUCAUGCGGGUCUAGUUCUACCUAGUGUACGUAGUGUAUCUAGUAUGCUCUACAAGUGUGGAUAAACGUACAGUAUGAGGGUUUACGAGACAACGUAGAAUUUGACAGAUGUUGAAGAGAUAUGCAAAAUUCGUUUUCUUCGUUG